AUGGCAUAUCCUUCAAAGUUUGAGCAUAAGUUUAUUGAGCAAACUCUAAUUGUUCCAUCAUUAACAUCAACAAUUUCUCUUCCUCUCACAUUCCUUGAUUUACCUUUAGCAGGUCCAAUUUAUGUUAAACGUCAAUUUUUCUAUCAUUUUCCUUAUUCACCCGAUUAUUUUUACAAAACAAAACUUCCGUCUCUCAAACACUCUCUUUCUCUUACUCUUCAAUAUUUUUUCCCUCUCGCGGGAAAUCUCAUAUCUCCACCACCACCAAAUAAACCAUAUAUCAUCUGCACGCAAAAAGACUCUGUUGUCUUUACCAUCAUUGAAUCUUCCGCAAAUUUCAACCAUCUUUCGUCCAAUAACCACCCCAAAAAUAUCAAAGACUUUAAUCACCUUGUUCCGAAAUUAACCCAAAAAACAACCCUAGAUGAUAAUGAUCAUAUUGAAAAUAACACCUUCAUAUUCCCUUUGUUGACUUUACAAGUCUCGGUUUUCCCUAACCACGGUCUUUGCAUCGCAAUCACAUAUUGUCACGUUAUGGAUGAUCAUUGUUGUAAUCAUUUCAUGAAAACUUGGUCUUCUAUCCAUGGAAAUUGUGAUGUAAACUUGAAGCCAACACCUUGUUUUGAUAGAAAUAUUUUGAGGGACCCAAAAGGGCUUGAGAAUGUUUUCUUAGGAGACUAUUUUGAAGAAAGAAAAACAUGGAAAAAUAAAUCUACUAGUCAAGCUCAAGACUAUGUUAAAGCAACUAUUGUUUUUGGAAAAGAAGAAAUCGAGAGAAUGAAAAGAAGGGUACUCAACCAAUGGAAGAAAAUUGAUCAUGAGACUAAACCGCCGCAAUUUUUAUCUAAAUUUGUUGUAACUUGUGGAUUUGUAUGGGCUAGUUUGGUUAAAACAAGAUAUAGAAAUGAUAAAGAUGAUGAAAAGGAAGAGUAUUUUCGUUUUGCAGGUGAUUGUAGAGAUAGAAUUGGAUACACAAUACCAGAAGGUUAUUUUGGAAACUGUUUAACGCUAUGUCAUGCAACCGCGAAGAGAAAGGAUAUGAAAGGAGAAUAUGGUUUUGUGAAUGCGGUUAAGGUAAUUGAAAGCGCGGUAAGGGAGAUGAAAAUCGAACCUUUUAAAGACGCGGCCGAAUGGAGGGAGACGUUUAAGAAAAUGUAUGAGUUUGGAAGUGUGUUGUUGGUAACAGGAUCACCUAAGUUUAAUGUUUAUGAGAUUGAUUUUGGAUUUGGAAAACCAGUUAAAGUUGAGAUGAUGCAUUCUUUUAAAUGUAUGUCUAUUGCUGAAAGUGGAGAUAGAGAAGGUGGACUUGAGGUUGGGUUAGUAUUUAAAAGUGGAGAAUUUGAAAACUUUUGUUCAACCAUUGAGCAAGGACUUGAAGCUUGUAAAUUCUAA